GAAUAUGACACCACCUGACCUGCAGGAACACCUGAUCCUGAUGAAGGCUUUUCACUUUCGCGGCAAUCGACAGUGUUCGUGCAGGUACUGAAAUGGUUGUAGCUUAUAGCCUACACUAGAGUUUCAUAUCACUGAGGCACUUCCGCUGUGCCGGCUGCGUUGCGAUCAGCAUUUCUCGGCAAUCGUCCCGUGUCGCAGAACCAAUGUCGCGGAAGCCACAGACGUCUCCAGGACAGUUGCCGGUGCCGGCGCAGCGGCCAAGCUGGAAGGGGACUACUUCAACGAAUCUAUUGCUGCGGAGGUCCGGAGACACCUCGAAGUGGUGGACGCCGAAUUCAUGAACAGCAAGCGUCACCGCGACGUGCCUUUGAUGUCUCUCUUCACUGCCGACACGCAGUACGUGAAGAAGCGCAAGGCCGUGGUGGCGUCCACAGGCCUAGUGAGUGUGAUAAUGAACGUGACACACAGCCCGGAUCCUAUAGCGACUCUUCUGAUCGGAGCGCCCAUCAUGCGAGCCAUGGUUCCGCGUCGCCAGGGCGCAUACAGAUGGAGAUGGGCUAACCAGCACCACCUGAACCAGGCUACCAACUGUGUUGAGAACAAGAUGGCGUCGAGCAAGGCGAUAGCCGGGAGGGUUCAGACAGAGUCGGCCGUCCUCGAGCCCUUGUUCGAUGCCUACCGACGGAGCCUCGCCGAUGAAGUCGGCCUUGGCAAGCGCCUCACGACGCAGUACAGCAACAGCGAGCUGUUCUACGUGCUGUGGGCCCAGGGCCACUGCGACGACCCGCUAGCGGAGGUGGUCGUCAACGGUGUCGCUAACAACUCCGCCCACUUCGCCAAAACUUUCGGGUGCUCUCGCGGUGACAGGCUGUGGUCCGAGGACAAGUGCACCUUUUGGACAUAGAACACUUUCCUCCUUUUUUUUAUUUCUCAGUUUUUCUCCAAAUGUUUGUU